AUGGGGAAUACACUGAGUGUCCCAGAGGAAGCUGAGGAGGACAAUACCUGCACAGUGAAGAGCUACCAGGCUCUCUCUGAAUCUCCUGACACUGUUAAAAAUGGAUCUGCUGUAUUUGCUCAGAAUCAUUCUCCAGCAAUGAAUGGUGAAGUGGAUGCAAAGGCGAGUGUUGCCCGGGAUAAUGUGGCCGUUUCUUCCCCGAAGACAAUGGAGCAGGGCCCCGCUGCCGAGGCGGGCGGGCAGAGCCUCGGGAGCGCUGCCAGGAGAGCUGGGCCAGCUGCGAAACCCCGCUCUGUGCUCGCCUUCUCGUGGGCUGUACCAGGGCGUACUGAAGAUCCAGCGACGGAUUCAUCGCUUGGACCGGCGAAACUUGAUGUCAGCCCUGUGUCCCCCAGCGGGAACAAAGCCCUGAGUGAGGGGGCAGAGGUUCCUGGGGCAGCUGUGCCAGAGGAAGGCUCCGAUAAAAACCUGAGCCGGGCACCGCUGCAGGACAUCGAGCUCACAGUGUCACCUGAGGGAGAGGAUGUGGCCACCUCAAAGCCAAAACCAGUGACCUUCUUUGACAGGAUCUUCAAACUGGAGAAGGGAAAGGAAAGGAGUAAAGCACGAGGUGAUCCCCAGGAGGAGCGGCAGGCGUUGGACGUUCCCGACGGGAGCAUCAGGGCUGUGGGAUUACAGAGCACGUCCAAUGGUGUCCCACAGGGGAAGGAGAUAGAUGACUGCAACCAGAAGGACCUACGGGAGGACUCUGCAGGUGUCACCAGUCCCGGUGCUGCUCAAGCUGAGAAGGCAGAGGUAAAGCAGGACAGCCCCCAGGCAGCUGCUGCAGGAGACAACUCCGUCAUGAGCUUCCUCAGAACACUGGUCUCCCCAAGCAAAGCUGAAGCCAAAAGUGAUUCUGAAGACAAGGGCUCGAGAGCAGAGAAGGGCCAUGGUGGGCAGCCCUCUCCGAAGGCAGAAUCCCCAACCAAAGGAGCCAAGAAAAAGAAGGCAGAGAGUCCCAAGCUGGGCCACAGCACAUUUAGUAAACUCUUUAGGCACAAGGCUGCAAAAGAGACCCAACAGACAACCAACACCAAAAGCCCUGAGCAGCAGCCUGUUACCUCUGUAAAACCAGACAAAAGUGUCCCUCCCUCCCAAGAGCCGCCGCCGGCCAAGCAGAACCCGAAGGCCCCCGAGGCUGCAGCAACCCCUCAGGGAGCAGCAAGUGAAGCCCCCAGGGAGGGGAUGAAGGAGAAACCAUCAGCCACCCCCAUGCCCCUGAGCAAGCUCUUCUGGAAAAAGAACGCAUCGGAGGAAGCGGAGGCCGUGAGCAAUGAGAAAACAGAGGCGUCUUUCGAAGCGGUGGCUCCGGACAGGGACGAGAGCAAGAGCCCAGAGGGCUCCGAAGUGAAACCCAGAGGGGCAGAAAGCAAAACGCCCAAGACGAAUCUGAGGAAGUUUUUCAAGCUGUCAGUCAAGGGUGAUGGAGGGACAACCAGUUCCGAAGUGGUAAAUGGCCCCAGUCACCACACGUUAAACGCCACAGAGAGGCCACUUGCCCCGGCUGAAGGUGACCUGGUGGGCCAGAGGAGCAAGGAGAGCUCCAAAGACAAGAAGUCCACGGUGGAGCUGAGCAAGCAGAAGGGCAGCAAACAGGAGAGCAGGGAGCAGCCAGACCCCCGGGAGCAGCCGGCAGCCGACACCGACUCCAUCCAGAACGGAGGAGACGCUUCCAAGGAACCCUCCUACAAGAAGACAGAGAAGAGGCAGUCCCUGGGAGGGUUUUUCAAGGGCCUUGGUUCCAAAAGGAUGUCCGAUGCAGAGGUGCAAACAGAUCCAGUGUCCAUCCUACCUGCUGGGAAAUCCAAGUAAUGACUCCACGUGGUUGCUGGAGGCUCAGCAGCUCUCUGUGAGCUCCCUUGCAGUAGACAUGACUCAUUCCCUUCCUUUACAUGGCUGUCAUCAAAUGCCUGAGGCUAAAGCAAACACUGGUGUAUCAUUUAAGGUAUAUCAUUUACAGGGUUUGUUCCUUAGAUGUUAGAAAGCAACUCUAAAGAUCACCAAGCACAGUGUUGUAUGUUUAAAGAAAGGUCGUGUGGAUGAUUUUAAAUCUGUAGAGGGUAGGGUAUGUAAGGUAGGAAGGUGGCAGUGAACUAAAAAAAAAAGGCAGGAAAAAAAUGCAUGUGACAAAAGAAUGUAGAUUGGGCAGCAAGGCAUGAGCAACAAACCCUCCGCUUUAGAGAGCUUUAAAGCAGCCAGGAAAAACAAAAAAAUCUCCUUUGAUAAAUGUUAUACUCAAAUGUAAAAACAACCGAGUCACUUUUUGUGGUUUCUCAAUAGAGCUGAAAUUAGCUAAAAAAAAAAAAAGCCUGCAGAAUAAUAGAAUCAGUGGUUAUAAAGUUAUGCUUCCUAUUGGUUAUUAAUGGAAAUUAAAACGCUAAAAUGUAAAGGCUUUACGUGAUUGAGACAGCGUCUCUCUCGUCUGGGUGAGGUGGGAUAACAAAUUAAAAGCUAUUUAAGGUUCUAAUAGGAACACAAGAGGGCACCCACGUCCCCGUGCACUCCUAACACCAGGCUGUACCUACAAUCCUGGGAUUAAUGUUUCUCAGAUCAUAGGAAACUUAGUUGUUUGUUCAGAUAUUUGUUUAUAUCCGUACUUGUAAUUAAUCCUAAUAAAAACCAAAAUCAAAGCUGUCCAGGCACCUCCCUGCUUCACAAGACUCCUAUAAUAACUGUAGUUAAUAAAUUUUACAGAAAAUUAAGAUUUCUGUUUGUUCAGUCCUGGGCAAACCUGUACAGGGAGCCACAGGCCUGAUAUUUUAAUCCACACUAGCAUCUGAAUGAUACAGUAGUGUAUAUUUUGACCUCCUUAUCUUUAAAUAAACUAAUGCUUAUCCUUU